AUGACGAUGCAGGAGAUUAAUCAGAAUGGCAAUCAGAAACUAUUUCCCUGUGAAGUCUGUGAAAGACGCUUUGCAGCAGAUGUUCUGGAAAGGCACGGACCAAUAUGUAGAAAACUCUUCAACAAGAAGCGUAAACCUUUCAAUUCCCUGAAGCAAAGAUUACAGGGCACUGACAUCCCUACUGUGAGGAAGGUUCUUCAAUCCAAGUCCCAACCUGUGAAGAAGUCUAACUGGAGACAACAACAUGAAGACUUCAUUAAUGCCAUUCGAUCAGCAAAGCAGUGUACAUUAGCCAUUAAAGAAGGUCGGCCUCUCCCACCUCCACCCCCUCCGUCCAUCAACCCAGAUUAUAUUCAAUGCCCAUAUUGUAUGAGGAGAUUUAAUGAAACAGCAGCCAAUCGACAUAUUAAUUUCUGCAAGAAUCAGCCUUCUCGCCGAGUCUUUGAUCCAGCCCAGACAGCCGCGAAAUUGGCAUCCAGAGCCCAGGGUUGGGCUCAGAUGAGUCCAAGAAAAGAACCAACUGUAACAAGUGCCGUGGGAGCAUUGCUACAAAACAGGGCCUUGGAGGCCACCAGUGUGGUCCCAAACCAGUCAGGAUUAGCAGCAGAUCCUGCCGUUGGAGCAACACUCAGACAAGGAUUUACUAAAUCUCCUAAAAAAGAUUAACU